AUGGCUUUCAAUCAAAAUGAAUGGGUCUUCCCCAUCACGGAGGCUUACAACCCAGAUGAAUCUUACAUGGUGGCUUACGCACGAUGGAUUGUACAACAACAAAGUCUGCGCACUGCUGUUGCUCCAAUAACCGGCUACCUUUAUCCAUGGAUCAUUCGCUUGAUGCCAGGCGCAGGCGAUUACCACAGUUUCGAUGUCAACUUUCGCCUUGCUUUGGGUUUAAUGGUGCCGAUCGGGAUCGCGCUUCUUUUUGUUGCUCUGCUCAUUUGGGUUAUUCUAAGAGCUUUUGGCUUCUCGAAUAAUGAGUGUAUUGAUAAGACAUGCAAGGAUGCCGCUUGUCACCCUCUUCGCCGUGCCUCGGUUGAUCCAUAUUUCGAUGAUAGCGCUGAUUCGAGCUUGAGCUCCAAAGAAGAAGAUCAGGAUGAGGACAAGCCCAAAGAAGCAGCUAUGAAAUCGAGCGAUCCUCUCAAGAAACCAAAGAAGAAAGUUGCAAGUGUGGCAGGAGAACUGAAGCUGCGCAAUCGCAACGUGUUAAAGACUGUGGAGAAACCUGCAGAGGAUGAGGAGACUGAAUGU